AUGUCGAUAGAAUACGUGUUGGUAAGUGAGGGCGAGCAGGACGAGCCCAUAGAGCUGCCGACUGAGGAAGACGGUUCAUUACUUUUGAGUACAGUCACAGCUCAAUUUGCUGGGGCUAGUGGACUCAAAUAUCGCGCCGGUGGUCGUCUCCGUGGUUUACGUCUUGUUGAAGACCGGGUCUCACCACCGCCAGGAGGUUGGGCAGCUCAUCGGUACUUCUGUGCUUUUCCGCGAGCUAGUGCUCCGUCCCCGCGGCCACGUUGCUCCGAUCUUAUCGUACUAGGAUUACCGUGGAAAACUGGAGAAGAUGCUGUACGUGAAUACUUUUCUUCCUUUGGUGAGCUACUCAUGGUUCAAGUUAAGCGUGACGCAAAAACCGGUCUUUCCAAAGGUUUUGGAUUCAUCAAGUUUGCCGAGUAUGAAGCUCAAUUGCGUGCUCUCGGGCGACGACACAUGAUUGAUGGGCGAUGGUGUGAUGUACGCAUUCCCAAUAGUAAAGAUGGUGGAGCAGCUGCACAUCGCAAGGUUUUUGUUGGGCGAUGUACCGAAAGCAUCACUGCAGAUGAUUUACGCGAGUAUUUUGGGGCCUUUGGCCAGGUGACAGAUGUGUUUGUGCCCCGACCUUUCCGUGCAUUUAGCUUUGUCACAUUCUUAGAUCCAGAAGUAGCUCAGUCAUUGUGCGGGCAGGACCACAUUAUCAAGGGUGUGUCAGUUAAUAUUUCGACUGCAUCACCAAAGCGGGAAAGAGACUCUCGUUCCCAACUGCUUGGUUGGGGCCUGUUGGAUGGAGCAGCUCCACGAGUGUAUAGCUGGCCACCGGAGGCAUGGCCAGCUCACUCACAGCACUCAGGCCAUGCAGCACUUGCACCUCACACACCUCACUCUGCAGCUCCAGACACCAAACCCUACCUCAAGUAUGAGUAA